AUGCGACUCCGUAAUAAAUCAGACAGCGAGGCUUCUAAUUGGACCAGCGCACUCCACCGAUCACACCGAUCACACCGAACUACCAUUACCAUAUCGGCUGCACAACUAUUAAAUCCCAAAGCCGAGUCUCUGGUUAACGUUAGCGCGGGCGAAGGUCUUCAGAAUGUUUUGAAGUUAAACCUAGGUCCUCUAGGAACGAUCAAGAUGCUGAUUAAGUUAACGAAAGACGACGAUAUUUACGGAGACGGAACGACCUCUGUAGUGCUCUUGGUUAGUAAACUUCUUAAGCAGGCGGAGAGAUAUAUCGCCGAGGAUCUAUACCUACGGAUAAUCACGGAUGGGUUCGAGAUAGCCAAGGUUAAGGCUCUUAAGUUCUUAGAUAAAUUUAAGCUUCUUCGUGAGAUCGACAGGGAACUCCUCCUUAACGUAGUAAGGAUAUCUCUCGCUACGAAACUAAACGCGAGCCUCGCCGUAAAGCUCUACCCCGACAUCGUCGACGCCCUCAUCCGCGGCCUAGCGCUCGACUACGGGGCGCGAUACCCGGAUAUGCCGAAACGGCUCGAGAACGCCUACAUCCUAACGCUUAACGUUAGCCUCGAGUACGAGAAGUCGGAGAUCAACUCGGGCUUUUUCUACUCGAGCGCCGAGCUAAGGAAGAUUAUCGAACUUAAGAAGGAGGUAUACGGCGGCGACGCCGAGAAGAGCUUCAUCAACGGCAUCCUCGCCCUUCGGAGGGCUAAGAGGCGGAAUAUGGAGCGGCUUCUCGUUUACGAGCAGACUCUGGGCGAGGAGAAGUUCACAUUUAUCGAGGAGGUUAAGGAUCCGAAGUCGGUAACGAUCCUCGUUAAGGGGCCGAACCAGUAUACCAUUACCGUCUACAAUACCAUUAUCGACAAGAGCGUUAUUCCUAGGGCGGGUACGGAUAAGUAUACAGAGGGGAAUGUCCUAGAGGGUGUGUAUGACUCUUUCCGAGUACUGAGAAACUGUAUCGCGUCUAGCUCCAGCAUAGCCUCGAACCUGUUGCUAUGCGAUAAGCUACUUAAGGCACGACAGAUAGGACGCCAGGGUAGUCCGGGUGGAAUCGAUGAGCCGGGAGAUGGUAUGUGA